CUGAAUCUGAAAGCGGAAGUAGUUAUGUGGACACGGAACAAUAAACGCUGCUAAUCUCUGUCUUUGUGUUAUGAGACGGGUUUUCCCACUUCCAGUCGCGUAAUUAUACAGGGCUCACCGAGGUGUAGACAUGGAAGUGCCUUGCUACAUGCCCAAACUGCUGUUUGAGCUCAAUGAGCAGCGUAAGCGGGACUUCUUCUGUGACUGCAGCAUCCUCGUCGAAGGCCGUGUCUUCAAGGCCCAUCGUAAUGUCUUGUUUGCUGGGAGCGGCUAUUUCCGGGCUCUUCUUGUUCACUAUCUGCAGGAUAGUGGACAGCGCUACAGCACAGCAUCGUUGGACAUUGUGACAGCCGAUGCCUUCUCGAUUAUCCUGGACUUCCUUUACUCUGGCCGCUUGGCCCUGAACAGAAGCAAUGUCAUUGAGGUGAUGUCAGCAGGCAGCUACCUGCAGAUGACUGAUCUGGUAAACUUCUGUAAGGGAUACAUCCGCUCAUCUUUGGAAAUAUGCAACAAAGACAAGGAGAGGAACACAGAGAAGGAGAACCAGGCACAGGAUGGAGCGAUGGGUCCUGCAGACAGCGGCACUCCGGCUGCAACAAUCUCCAGUGGCACAGGGGCUGCGGAGCCUCAUUCGCAAGCUGCAGAGGCAGACAGAGGGUCGGGUUUAGGCCCGGAGUCUGUUACCUCGGCUAGAACCCCCUUGUCCAUACCUGUCACCACAACUCCAGGCACCGGCAGGGACAUGGAAAACGACUACCAUUCCAGGGGGGAAUUUGCAACUGGUAAUGAAGGACAAAAGGGACACAUGGAUCAGACUAACCUCUCAUCCUCUUCAUCAUCUGCUUUGACCCCGGAGUUAGUGAACCCCAAGAUAGAGUAUGACCCCGAUGAGGAGCUCAUGGAAUCCCCUGACACCAAAGACCUAGCCUCAUUUCCUGGGCCAUCUCUCCAUAACCCUCAUCAUAGCAGACUACUUCCUCCCUCUCCCUCCAAUGAGCGCUCUCCCUUGGGAUACAGCCCAUCCUUUAAUGCAAGGCACCUGAUGGAGAUGCUGGCCAGAGGUGAAGGCCCCAGUCCUCUGGGGGAAAGAGUGGGGCAGCGCUUUAACCAAGGACUAGGUAGCAGCACGGGAGGAGGCCGAAUGGAUGAAGGAUUAGGGUUUGUGGGAUCAUCUAUCAUGGAGAUCCAGUCUGACUGGCUCGGAGAAGACACGGGUGAUGGUUUGGUAGUGCCAGUGAAACUCCACAAGUGCCCGUUCUGCCCAUACACUGCCAAGCAGAAGGGAAUCAUGAAGAGACACAUCCGCUGCCAUACAGGAGAGAGGCCGUUCCCCUGUCCUAUGUGCGGCAAGAGGUUCACAAGACAGGAGCACCUUCGCAGUCAUGCCCUCAGUGUCCAUAGGCAUUACUGGCCAGUGUCAUGUAAGAGCUGCAGGCGAACCUUCACUGGAUCCAGCGUUUCGCCAGGACUAAGACGCUUCGGCAUCUGUGACAGCUGCAACUGCGUGACCACCACCCAUGACGACUCCGCCUCCGUUCACCCUGCCAGCCAACCAGAGCCCAUGGAACGUGCAGACGGGGCCACAGAUUGGUCCAGUUUUAUGGACGAUGUUGAUGAAGUGGAAGUCGGCAGAGUUGAGGACUUGGUAGAGAAACAGAUGCUUGAAAGGCAGCUGGCUGUCUGCACUGAUGUAGGUCACACACUGUGAAUCUGUGGCCCGCUGCACUUAGAGAAGAAGACCAUUCCUUAAACUGUUAAACUAGUGUUAAGUUAACUGUGGCCAUACUGUUAGUGAUGUUAAAUUAUUACUGUAAGAUGGCCUUAUUUAUUGACUUGUUUGUAACCACAAAAUGUGCCCUUUUAACUGCUGAAGAUAUUGUCCUCCAGUGAUUUGCCUGGCAGCAAAUACUCAGUGUUUUAUCUCUUUAUUUGUAAUCAUAAAUGUGGUUUUUAAUAUUUCUUUAUUUCUUUGCGCAGUUGCUAAAAUCCACGUGUCUCUGUAUGUGCUGCACAAAAAGAGAACGUGGCUGUCAAGCUUACAUAAGAUAGGAAAAAAAGCUUGUUUUAUUUAAUAAGAUGGCAGUUUGAAGAUAAAGAAAGUUUUGCGAUCAUACCGGAGCCAUUGUAGGUAUUGUUACAAUAAAUGUAUUGUGUAAUUGUGCACAUAUUUCCUUUUAUCACACUUUAUGCAUUUAUGUGCUUUUCUACGCGUAGAUACUUUCUUAGCUUGUGAUAUUUGUACAUUUCCCUGCUGCUUGUCAUGGAUUCACAUCAACCUGCAGUAUUGAUACAGAAAGUGCCGUUUGGCGCCCUCUAGUGGUUUAAACCCAGAAAAUCUGUGCGAGUCGUCACUAAAAUCAGACUUUUUGCAUUGAGGAAGCAACUGACUUCAUUACAAUGUAUAAAGACAUAAUUUAAAAUGAUUUUACUCUGUUUGUUUAUUGGAAUAGAGGAGAGGGGACAGUUGGGACGGUGCCUUUUUAGGAAGUUAGAAAGCAGCUUUGCCUGUGCCACUCCUCAUUCUCACCACACACAGCCACACACUUUUCACUUUGAACCUCAAAGUGGAGACCUGAUUAAUCCUCACAUUUUAUUUACAGUUUUAAAAAUUACAUCGUGUACGUCUUCUACCAUACUGUUUUUAGCUAUGCCACAUAAAAAAAACCCCCCACAUCAUUGGAAAGCUGAUUUUCUGGCCUAUCAGUUGAUGCUACUGUUAACUGUUAAAUUUUAUUGGUAGCAGGUACAGCAGUCUGAAGUGUGUCUGCUCUCACCAGGACAGUUGAGACAAUACUGUUACCCAAAGAUGGCUGGGACAGUAUUGUUCACAGUUCCUUGUUACAAAUUAACAAAAAGUAGACAACAAAGAAACAAAGGCCUCCAACCCCUGAGCAUAGUUUGGGUAGAGUUCAACUAAUAUAAAACUUCAAUUACUUAGAGGACUGUCUGACUUAGAGGCCUGAUCUGGUUGUUAAGCAGUUCUUUUUUUUUAGUAGAAAGAUGUCUUAAACCAGAUUGUUGGCUUCCACAAAUUAUGUGUCCGUUCCACAAUUACCUCGUAAGUUAUUCAUAUUCCUUUAGUCUGUAUGGGUCCUCAGAUCAAAAGAAUCAAACGGGUAUUUCGUGAAAAUUAAUCCAAGUUGUGAGGAUUGUUUUAGUGGGAUAAAGUGAGGUUGUGUCUACGCCGGAUGCUGUAAUCCUUGAGAGGCGUUACUCUCUCUUACUGUGAUGCAUUGUCUGUCAGAGCUAGAUCAAAUUAAUGUUUCAUACUUGAUAUAUUAUCUGAAGCCUAAUUUUGAAACAACUAGUUUUCAAUACUGGAUUAAAUAAACAAUUUGAUUGUGUUCCCAUCUUUGCUGAGCACCAGUUUUGUGUGAAAAAAUUAAAAGCCUGUCC